UAAUUCAUGUCAUGAAAAACUUUAAGAAAUGCUACAACGGGUUCAAUACCCUCUUUAUAUAAGUACUAAUCGUAAAGUACCGCGGUUAUUCGCUAAAUCGUACAUACGUGAAAUAAACAGACAAAACUUAACUCCGCCUCCUUCAUUAAACUUGGUGACAAAAUCUCGAUGUUCAAAUCCUGACGACGAUAUUAAAGUAUGCUCAUUAUAUGAGUAUAAGUGACGUGCCGCGUGUGGAAGUAGGAAAUUAACGACCAAUGGAACCGUCGAAGGCGGUCUUACUUGUCCAGCCACCUUGAUUUCUAAGCCCACUUAGCUUACUAUCGCUCAGGUUCUUCGCAUACGCGCAUCUGCGGCUCUUAUUGUUUGUUUUUUUUAUCAAUAGAAUUGACACAACUAUCCGUCCGCGAUUCGAGCGCGCAUUAAUAUUUCUAACGUUUUGAUUUUACCGAUUUUAAUAGAACUGUGUUGUUUUAGAACGUUUUAUGUUUUUGUGAAUCUACAGUUUUUUGGUGCUACGUCGUUUUUUGAUUGAUUGCAAAGCAGUAAAUGCGGAGGUCCUAAUUGGAAUCUUAAUGCUCCAUAUUAAAUAUAACGAAUUCAAAAUUUAGGAAAAAAACGGAAAUGACCAUAGUAUAACACCGCUAAUCAAAGAGCCUACGAACGGAGUAAAAGAAAUGACCGCACCUGAGUAUUUUCUUCGAUGGAAUGACCAUCAAAGCUUUUUAGUGGCGGCUUUCGAAGCACUAUUACAAACUGAAACUUUGGUAGAUGUAACUUUAGUAUGUGAUGGAUUGUCAACUAGAGCUCACAAAGUAGUAUUGGGUGCUUGCUCGCCAUUAUUCCAACAACUUUUCACCGAGAAUCCUUGUAAACAUCCAAUUAUCGUUUUCAAAGAUUUCACCAAUUGGGAAAUAAAGGCGAUCAUCGAAUUUAUGUAUAGAGGAGAGAUAUGCGUGAGGCAAGAACAGUUGCCGUGUUUGAUAAAAGCUGCCGAGAAUCUUCAGGUACAAGGAUUAACUCCACAAAAUCAAUUAAAUAAGAAGAGUAAAUUUUUCAUUAAUCAAACACCAACGCCUGCUACGUCUCCAAAUGAAGAUUUUGAUACUAUUUAUCUUCACACCGGAAGGUGCCCAAGUACGGUAGUAACUGUCCAGAGUCCCACGGAACAACCAAUUUCCCUUUCUUCUUGUCACUCUCAAACAAAUCUCGAAUCUUCUGUCAGACUUCCACAUAUGUCUCGACUUCCGUUCCCUCACGGUCUACCACGACCCGAAUGCCACUCACCAGUACCUAGAAGAAAACAAGCUCGACCUCGAAGACGAUCGGGAGAUCAACCUCAAGAUCUUUCGAUUCCAUCAUCUAAAUCGAAUUCUCCUUCUGUUGCUACUACCUCUGCUGCUAGUUCUACAGCUACUGCUACCACCACUGCAACUGCUACCGCUGCCGCUGUAUCUGUUACGGUUGUUGAAGAAGAAACUGCGGAGAAUCUUUGUAUAAAAAGACCGAAAGAACCUAGGAGAGAAGUGAAAAAAGAAAAGUCUAGGUCACCGGAAACGAGUAUUGGAAGUCCUGAAAUGGAUCUGAGUUUGCCCAGCACCAAGGAUUUUCGAACGUCUCCAAUUAAUAUGCACCACCCUGUAAUGAACCUCAAACAAGAAAUCGACAGUCAUUCACCUUUACCCUUCCCGCCCAUGCCGUCUAUUUCUGCGUUAACCAUGACACAGCCUCACAGUAAAUUUUUUGGACUCGACUCUCCCUUGGGAUUAUUUCCUCCUGUACUUGAAAGCUGUAGAAAUCCUUUAUUUGACAUACCAGAUCCAAGAUCAAUACCUGAUCAACAUACGUUGGCCAAAAAGAAAAUGGGAAGACCAAAAGGUCAGCACUCAGCGCCUAGAGGAGGUCCACCAAGAUCAUGGACAAAUGGUGAACUAACUGAAGCCCUCCAACAAGUAUGGAAUAAAAAAAUGACCACUAGCCAAGCCUCAAGGAUAUUUGGAAUUCCAUAUAAUUCUCUUCUAAUGUAUGUUAGAGGAAAAUAUGGUAAAAGCCUUAAAUUAGAACAACUACGAAAAGACUGCAUGGGAAGUCCGAACAAUUCAAUGGAUAUCAUGAAUAUUGGAGGUAACACCAACAAUAGCAUUCCUGGUAAAAGUGAUAGUAAACCUGAACAAAUCCAGCCUAAUACUAGGCCGCCCAGUACGGAAGAUCAACAGUUGCCUCCACCAACAAUGUUCAAUCCCUUCCCUCACAGUUUCUUUCCCGACUUCGGAUCAGGGUUUCCGCUACCAGUAAGUAUGUUACACUUGCUGCCGCAAAGUGAAAAAAACAGAACAGAUCACUUCGCACAACAAUCGAUGGAAGAGGAUAAUAAAGAUAGAGCAAAAGGUGUAAACGAAGAAAUGCAACAAGAUAUAUUCCGACCAUCAUCGCUCUUAGAUAGGCGUGAACUAGUACAACAAAACGGGCAGGACUAGAGCUAGUACAAUAUAAUAUAUAAAGAUUAAUCGUCCAAAUCAAAACUAUAUGAUAGAUUGAUCCAGUAGGUACUGAAUAUUUCUUCAUCAUAUACCCUGUUAAUAUAAAUUGAAUUAUUUAGGGUUCAUACAAAAUGCUACCAUUACAAUUUGUUCAUUUACCUUCAAAUCAUAUAAAGUAGCGUAGUAUUCCACUACAAACCUCUUUAUAUAGUUUUUCAAUCAAAACCGUCCUUAUUAUGAGGUUACUUUGACUUGUUUUCAGUUUAAUCAUAACAGAACUUGAUCUAGAUAUUUCAAAACCUUUUUUGCAAUGAUUUUAAAUUUAAUAUUUGAAUAAUUAUAAAGCCUGUACAUGGAAAAUAAUAAAAUAUGUUUUUAUUAUUAUAUAUAUAGUCUCAAACUUUCCUUUCGACCCUCUAGCGCUCAAAACCACCAAUUAAAAAACUGUAAAUGGCUACAAUGUGAAGUACCACAUAUUUUUUUCAUAAUUUGAACAAAACCUGGAAUAUUUCGAGGUGAAAAUUUUAAUUGGAUUACCAGAUAUAGAUCCAACAGAUUAUGUUACAAGAUUUUCUUGAGAGAUCUGUAAUUUUUUGCCAAAUAUUGCACUGAUUUAGACAGUAAUGUUCUGUAAUUACAAUUCCAGUCAAUCACUGCUGUGUGGCACUACCUGGGUCUUUGAUAUAUCACAAAUUCUGAACUAAUUGGGUCAAAUGGUAAUCUUGACAUAAGAUCAAAGGUCUUAUAGUCUCUAUUAGACUGUUUUAAAAACAUCGACUAUUUUUUCUUAUUAAUAUUGAAAAUAUUGUUUGAAAGAACGAAAAAAAAAUCCUGAAAAAUUUAGAGAUGUUGAUAUUAAUAUUAAAAGGUUUUUUCUAGCUUUAGAAUUCAUUAACUCUUUAACAAGUUAUCGAACUAGUUGAGUCAGAACAAAUUUUUGUAGAGACUUGAACGCUCUACACAAAAAUAUUCUUAUAAUGUUUUGAUAUAUUUACUUUUUCAAAAAGUUAUUUAAUGUUAAAUAUGGAUUGAUUUGAAAUUCUUACAUUUUUCUAGUUUUCCGACGCAACCAUCAACUUUAUGAUAAAAUUUAAUAGGACUUUUUUAUAGAACAUCUAAUUUUCUAUAACUUACCUUUCAAAAAAUUUUUAAUAUUUCUACAGGUCGUAAGUUAUUUGUAAAAAAACAAAAAUUUUCUUAAAAAGUUGUCAUUUGAAUGCUUAAAAUUAAUUAUAUUAAAUAAAUAAAUUUUCAACCUAAAAAUUGAAUGUUUAUUAUAGUCAAAGCAAUUUACAUCGUUUCACUAAAAAAUUUCCCUAACAAUUAGGCACUUUUUUCUGUAUUGACUUAGAACUUAGAAUAAGUAUCGUAAUUGUUUUUCAUUUUUAGUGGAAUACUUAUUUUAUUGUUCAAUUAAUGCUACACCAAGCUCCGCGACAUCAAUUACGACUGUUAAUUCUGUAAAACAUCGCACACACUCUUCAAAACUUCCAUCACUAGCCCAAGAAUUUACAUCUUCCUCGAUGAAUUCAGAAGGCAAAUCAAAAUCUUUGAAAAUAGACGGAGAAUCUAUAGACACAAAGUCUAAUAUUGCAUUUAACUUGGAUGUUUUUACUUCAAAUUUCCUUGCCUUAAUUUUCUUCUACUUCAUCAUCAAACAAGGAAAUUAUGGCUAGCGUUUCAGUUAAAUACCUAUUUUGACUGGCUUGGUGGCGAUCGACGUGGUUGUUUGAUGUUAAGAACUGAUUAGUUUUUGGAAUCGGUCGGCAAAGCCGUUUAAAAGUUAUUCCAAAAAAAACCACAUUUAGUAGUUUUUUUAAGAUUUCUCAAAAUCGGUUCAAACCGUAGUCAAAAUCUAACUUCAGUCAAGCCCUUUCGAAUGGCGUCAACCGCGAUUAAAUCGGUCAAGCCUUUCAAAAGUUAUAGGUUUUUAGUUUUUUGCAAAUAACUUAAGAUCUGUGAUAACUAUCGAAAUUUUCUCAAAAAAUAAAUUAUAGGAAAUUAAAUGUUCUAAAAAAAAGUCCCAUCGAAUAUUCUCAUAAAGUUGUUGGUUGCGUCGGAAAAUUAGAAAAAUGUCAAAAUUUUUAAUUAAUCCAUAUUUAGCGUUAAAUGACUUUUGAAAAAGUAAGUAUAUUAAAAAAUUAUAAUCUUUUUUUGUAAAACGUUCAAUUCUCGAUAAAAAUAUGUUCUAACUUAAUUAGUCCGAUGACUUGUUAAAGAGAAAAAAAAUUUCCCAAUUCAAUCAAAUGGGAAAUUGAAAUUUUCGAAAUUUUUCAAUAUUAAAAUAAAAAAAAAUCGAUUUUUUUAACAGUCCAGUCUCUAUAUAUGUGCUUUAAUAGUUCUGGACAAUAUUUUCAACUAUUUUAAAAAAUCUUGUUCAAAUAAAACUCAAUUUCAAUGUCUUUUUGGCCUUAUAAAAUAAUAUCAAAUUGCACAAACAGUUUUGAAAUUUUAUUCUUUAUGUUAAAAAUUAGUUAUAUAUCUGCUUAAAUAUAAUUUCGCUCUUUUACAAAAUCACUAAUGAUGUCAAAUGAAAUAUUUCUCAUGGUUUUGAUGACAAAAAGAAAUGAAACGAACCUUCAACAGUUUUGCAUAUAUUUUCUCUUCCAUACUAAACUGGCUCAAUUUAUCAAAGUUAUAAAAUAAUGAGGGCAAUAUUAGAAAAUAUAUAUUGAGUAGAAAUUUGUAAAAAGGAUAUGGCGAUAAAAUGGGUCUUCAUAAGAGGGACCGUUCUGUUAUUGACUUGAUUAUGUUUUUUUUGUGAACCACAAAGAUCAAUUUGUGGUAUUGUUGGUUGAUGUUUAUUGAUUAGAAUAAGCUGUCGUGCUUCCUGAUUUUCAGAUGGGUGUUUAAAAAUUUAUUCACAGAGCUAUUUGCUAAUAUCCCAAAUAAUAUAAAAUAUCCAAUCUUAUAAUUGACAGUUAUCACAAACCAGCAGUACAAAAUACUGAGAGCCAAUUCAAUAUUUUCAUUCUAUCCACAUGAUAAAUAAGAUUCUAUAUAUUUACAAAUUAAGGAUUAUGUCAAUAGAGUCCUUCCACAUUUUCUAUAUUUUCUAUUAAUCAACUAAUUUCUACCUAAAUAUGUUUUCAUUAUUAAAACAACGUGUGAAAUUGAGAUGAAAUAAUAAUUUUUUUGUUGUAUAAAUAUCCGAAAAUUUCAUCUUAUUAACCUCAUUCAAUUUUUUUCAGUUUAAGUCUCGAAGUUACUCAACAAUUAUGUUUCUCAUCAACAUUUCUGUUACCUCUACUCCAUUUGCUCAAACUCUUUUCUUGAUAGUCUAUUUUAAAAAUUUCUCUGGUUUCAUUACAAAUUUCUACCCACUAAACGACAAACAAUCUCAAGAUUAGAUGUUACGUUGGAAAUUUAAUUAGACCCCUGUCGAGUCUCCCGUGGAUCUAGAGCCUUCUUCUCUUAUACACAUAAUAAUUGUACAAUAUGAGGUUAUGUCGAACAAUUUGAAUAAGACAUUCUAAAGCUGCAAAAAUAAGUAUUGAACUGAAUCUAUCGACAUAUACAUAAAUGUAUAUUCAUUAUCAGAAGCUUAUAUUGUCACAUUUUAAUAAAAAACACAUUGUUUUCUUCUAACAUUCCAAUAUCCAAUUACUACCUUUGUGACUUUUACUUGCUUUUCGAUUCAAUAAUAUCACAAACUUUAAAUUUCUGUAUCUGCAACUACCUCCCACUAAAUUUUUUACACACUUCUAGUUACUCUAUCUAUAAUGGUGUUCCACUAUACCGUAUGUUUCUGAGAAAACAAACCAUAGGAUUUCCCAAGGUUACUAGAAUAAUAGAAGGUUUGUGACAUGCGCAUGCUUUUGUAAACAAACGAUCAGCUGCUAGAACACCAGCUACGUCAUUAUGUUUACAAUUUUGUUUAUAUUUUUAUGUCAAACAGAACCUCACUAACAUUAUGUUCCAGUUAUGAGGAUGUGUGUUAUCUCUUGCUGAUCUGGCUAUACAAACGAAUAUAUUUCUAACUAACGAAUUUAUUGAGCUGUCACUUGUCUAUUGCGCAUCUUGUUAUUGUCACAAACCUUCUAUUAUUCUAAUAACCUUGGGAUUUCCCAUGUUACCAUGUAAGUUCCAUGUUAUCUUCGAGUUGCCUACCUGCGCGGUCGACCUUCUCGCUCCGGGGGGGCGGUUGACCGCCGACCUUUUUGGGGUCAGUCUUUUUACCUCGAUUUUAUUGUUGAUAUGUUAAAUAACAAUAUAUUUGUUCAUUUUUUAUAUUUUUGCUAUUUUAAUAAAUGUUUUGAAAUUAUAUUUAUUUUGGUUUUUGAAUAAAAAAAACUUUAACAAAUGACAGGACUGAUUAAUAGCUUGAAAUUGUUUGACGCUAUUUGACUGAAUUUUCAUUUUGUUAAUUUUUCAUGUUCUUUUGUUUUAUCUAGCUGGAACUUUCUAAUUUUAUAACAAAAAUUGUUUUGUUAAUGAAAAAAUUUACUAAUAGCAUUUUAUGACAAAAUAUUUAUUAAACACUAAAUGAAGAACAUUAAAAUAAAUAGUACUUUUGAAAUCAAAGCUUUUAAACCAUUUUAAACAUAAUUUUUGGUUAAGAGGACCAGAAGGUGUUUCACAUUUUUUUUAGAACACUAGGUGCCCGAGAACGAUUUUUAAACUACAUAAAAAAAACAGUUUCAAGCUAUUAAUCAGACCUGUAAUUUGUUAAAGUUGUUCGAUAUUUUUCAUUCAAAAACCAAAAUAAAUGUAAUUUCAUAGCGUUUAAUAAAAUAGCAUUACAGCGAUAAAAAAUGAUGAACAAAAAAAAAUGUUAUUUGAUGUAACAACAAUAAAAUUCAGGUAGAAAGACUGACCUGAAAAGGUCGGAGGUUUACCGCCCCCCAGAGCGAGAAAGUAGGCGACCCCUUAAAUGGUAACAUGGGAAAUCCUAUGGCCGGUUUCCUCAGAAACAUACUGUAUAUGUUUUCAAUGUGUCUUUUUAUUUUCAUUUUCAUUAAUUCAAAGAUCGCUGUGUAUAUUUUUGUAUUUGUGUUUGUACUAAUAAUUUCAUAGAUAAAUAACUACAAAACAAAACACAAUUAAUACACAAAUAGAAUAAUAAAAAAUAGUAUAAACACAAAUAAUUGCAGAUAUCGUUUUAAGAUGUCCUUAUGGAAUCCUUUGAGCAAUUUCAAACAUCCUGUCGUUAUCUCCUCCUAAGAAUGAACCUGAAUACUAAAAAGCUGCUACUGCAUGGUAUUCGGUUUGUUUUAUAUUGAAUUUUCUUCGUCAACAUUUAUUUAUGGAUGCAAACAUUUUUAAGCUUGAAUUAUCAAUUUUAUUAACAUAUCUGAGAUCUCUAUAUCGUCUUGUUAGUUCUGUAUAUUUUGUUAUUAUGGUACCUUUUGUGGACAUUUUAUCUAUUUGUUUUACUCCUUUAUCAAAUUGAAAUUCUUGUGUCAUCAUUUCUACCGAUUACCGAUCAUUUUUUAUUACUGUUGUCAUUUGACUCGGUAUCCUUCGUUUUUGUAAUUAUCUUCUAUAACUGCACAGUCAAAAACUCUUUUGAUACAUACUUUUUACCCUGAAUAUUUUCACCUAACUUUGGUUGGUUUUCGAACUUACAUCUUUUCUCUUAAAUUGUAGUUUAAAAUGAACUAUCUGUUGCAGUCCAUUAAUUUCGUACUCCCACAAUGUUCUUAUUAUAACAUAAUUUAUGAAAACGAAACUUAUUCAAUAUACAGAAUGAGUUUUAUCUAUGGAACACCUCAAUUAUCUCGGAAACGGCUUGUACGAUUUUUUAUAUGAUAUUUAGAUGGCUACGAUUGAAUAAACUCGUUUAAUUUAAAUAUCCUAUAAAAAUUCAGGUGUUAAUACACAUCUCGUAACAUUUUUCCAUCAUUAGGUCUGCAAACUCUUCAGGUCUAUCAAAAUCGUCAUCUGACAACUCUUGAACCAACUUUACUUUAUAUGGAUGGAAUUUAUUAUCUCGUAAAAUUUUCUUAAAGGACGUGUGCGAUAUAUCAAAUUUCCUGGAUAGUACUCAAAUGUGGAUCGUCUUUUAACAGGACAUAUAGGUUUUCUUCUAUAAAUGAUGUUUCUCAAGUGACCCCACAGGAAAUUGUCUAAAGGAUUCAUGUCGGUUGAUCGCGGGGGCCAUUCCAUAAAACCACGCCUUCUAAUUCAUCUUCUAGGUAUUGCUUCACCAAACACCCCGUCAGUUUUUCGGGAAAUUGGGUGUGGGAUUCACGCAUCCAACAAGGAUUGUUACGUGAACAGUUUCUACAAUUAUGUCAGGUUACGUUUCCAUUAAUACAAAAAGUGGCCUCAUCGUAAAACAUAACAUUACAAAAAAUUUUGGAUGGUUUUGAUUGCAACAUUUUCCCUUAAUAAGGUCUACAAACUCUUCACUUCUAUCUAAAUCGUCAUCUGACAAGUCUUGAACCAGCGUUACUUUGUAUGGAUGGAUCAUGUAAAAUUCUCAUUACCGAUGUUAGCAAAAUAUUCCUGGAUAUUUGUCACUCAAGUGUAGAUCGUUUAACAGGACACAAACAUCUAUUGAUUUGUUUUCAGUUGAUGCAGUUUUUCUACGCCCUAGUUUGGAUAAAUCUUUCACUGAACCAGUUUCGUUAAACUUUUUUACUAAUUUACUGACAGUAGAUCUUGUGAGGGGUUUCGGUUAGUUCGUUUUACUAUUUGAAAUAUUUGAAUCUAAUAUUUUACAUAUUAAGGGGAAUGAAUAUUUUUGAUUGAAUGAGUUUAAAAUAAGAAUAAACACUGUCAACUUUUUUGAAUGUGUAUGGUAUAUUAAUAUUAUUAAGGGAAAUUGGCAAAUACUUCUGGGAUAUUUUAACACCUUUAAUUUUCCGGUAUUAAUCGAAAGAGUUUUUCAAAUUCCGAGACGAAAUGUACAUAUAACUUCAUUUUAAAAUAUAAUGAUAUCUUCUCUCGGAAUUUGUCGUAUUAUAAGACUGAUAUAUCAUAUUGCCAACGUUCCAACAUAGAUAUUUUUUAAUCUACAACAUUUUUCUUUUACUAAUACCACUUUACACAGUUCCUCAGAUAUACAGAUUUUUUACCAAAUAUAUACUCAAUAUUCUAUAUUAUACAAAGGUUUUUUGUUCACUCCUCCAUAUUAUCUCGAUGCAGUAGAAAAUUCUCCACCAUUCUUUAGAAUCUCAAAAUGUCAAACGUUUUAUUGAAAAGAAGGAAAAAAUUCUUUGUAUAAUGAAAGUUUUCUAAUUUCGUUUAACAUAAAUAUUUUGAUAUAAAUAUACCGUGAAUCUACAUAAAUACGUUUAAUUAAAUAAAGCUAAAUUCAAAAAUUAUUUGAUUUGUUUUUCUAGCAUUAAGCAAUUUUCUAUUUCUGACUUAUCCUAUACAAAAAGUUAUAGAAAAUAAAUUUAAAUUAUCGUCUCAAGACAUUCAUAAUACUUAAUUAGUACCUAGAAAAAUAGAUUUCAGUGAGCCCAUGUUUAUAUGUUUUAUUGACCAAACAAAAGCUUUUGAUAGAGUACGUUUAAGAGACCUGACAAAUAUUAUAGAAAAAAAAAUAAUACAAAUCAUAAAUUUUCAAAUAUUUUUAUAGAAUUGAAUACAGGACAUUUAUCGUUAAUCAAAACCAAAAUAGGUCUCUCCAAAGAACUACCAAUUAUGGAUCGGGAUAUGACAAGAACACAGCUUUAGUCAUAACUCAAUUGGUAUAACUUAAAAUCAUACAAAGCGUCAACAUGGUCAACGUAGCUUCCAGAAUGGGAGAUUAAUUGUUCAGAAUGUUAUGAGAUGCGGAUGAUGGAGUACUAGUGGCAGUUGAUGAAGAUGAUUUACAGCGCGAUGAAGACAACGACAGAGAAAAAUAAUAUGAGAAUUUAGGCUGAGAAGACAAAUCAAUGGUUAGGCAUGUUUGACAUAAAGGCGCCGUUUCUUUUGUUAGAAAAUGUUAUGCGCGUGUGCAGGGCCGGAUUAAAAUGUAUAAGGCCCGGGGCUAAAAUAAUGAGCGGCCCCCUUAACGAAUUCGGAAACCCGAAAGAAUAAUAUCAAUACGUUAGAUUUCUGGUAUCAACACAAUACAGAUUGUUUUCCAAAUGUUGGGGCCCUUUUGGAUCCGGAGCCCGGUGCUAUAGCCCCCCAAGCCCCUAGCUUAAUCCCACUCAGCACGUGUGUCCAAUUUUUAGACGAUUAAGGAUUACUUGUUUUCUUCUUUUUUGAGUAAUGGCAGUUUGGUUUUAAUUUCAGGUAUUAUUUGUUUUAGUUUUGUUUCGGCUUCUUUCCAGAUUGAUUGCCAUUUAAAAGCUGUGUCUCUAUUUUUUAGUAAGUCGUAUAAUCUUUUAGGUAAACGUUUGUAUUAUUUUUUAGAUGGGUUUUUUGAAAGUAAAGUAUUAAAGAGAGAAUAAUUCAUUUAGGAGUAGUUUUAUUUGUUCGUGAUGGCACCAAAAGUCGUUUAAAUUCCUUUGAUCAAUAAUCUGUAGUUGAGAUGUUGAUAGUAAAUAAUUUUUUCUUAAGUCUUGUGAUAUUUUUUUUAAGGUUUUAUUUUGUAUGUUUUUAUAGAUAAAAUUGAGAAUUUCGAGUAAUUCGUUUGAAUAAUCUGGUGCGAUUAUUUCAGGGUUUGCAGCAUUAAUAGUGUUUUGAAAAAAAUCUCAUUGAAAUUUAAAACAAAAGGUGGGCUUCGGUUUUCAAUCAAAUAUUUAAUUGUCUUUAGUAAGGGGGUCAGAUCUUCACUAGUUUCCUUAUAUUUUUUUGGUUUCUUUUUGAUUUGUGUUUAGUAGGUUGAGCGAAAGUGAUGGGGGGGCUAUCAAAAUAUUCAGGUGAUGUUGAAAUUUUUCUUUUUGUAGUGAUAGGAGUGUUGGUGCUUGAAUUUAGUGUAUUCCGUCUUAAUGCAAAACUUGACGACAUUUGACGAGGUCGUUGUUGUGGGUGUUUGAGGUGUGGUAGGAACUUUUGGGAUAUUUUUGAUGAUUGAAGCUGAAUAUUCUCUGUUGUCGUCUCUGGUGUGGCUUCUAUUAUGUUCUCUGUUUCUUCUGUAGCAAUUAUUCAUUCUGUCAGAAUCAUUUCUUCUGUAGUGGUAUGUGUGUCUCUUUGUUUCAAACAGGCGGAUUAUUCAUGACCUGUGGAUUUGCAUGUGGAGCAAUUCAAUCCUUCGAUUGAAAGAAAUAAUCAGUAGGUGGUUUUAUCGUUUGUUAACACAAAAGAUUCUGAAAUAGAUUUUCAAUGGAAAAGAUAACAAUUUGUCUUCGAAAGCUUAAUACGUGGCUAUAAUAUGCUUUAGGCCUAUUCCUACUUUUAGGAAUGUCUUUUUUGAUACUGUUUUUAUUCCCAUAUUUUGGAUUUUUUCUUCGAUUUGUGAAUUGGGUAUUGUUGGGCAUACGUUUGAUAUAACAAAUAUACAUUCGGUAUCGGUUUCAUUUAUUUUGAUUGAUUUAUCGUGUGGGAUUAGGUAAUCAACUGUUGUUUUGGAGGAGAGGUAGAUACAAAUUCUGUUGGAACUAUGGAUCCAACACCUACAAUGUAGUCGUGAAUUUUGACUCCAUUAUUUAUGGGUGGCUAGUAUGUUGGAGAAUUUUCUAAGGCCGACUCUGUCCCUGGUUAAUUUCCGUCAAUUAGGACAGGUUCCGAAAAAACCCGUCGAAAAUCCCUCGCAAUGAAACCAGAUCUAAAAAGGUAAAAUACUUGUAGAUCUAAUACACACUGUGAUUAUCCGUGAUCACUGGAUGGUCACUGCAAUUAGGUUAAGAUAGACAUAAGAUGAUUUGUUUUCAAUUUUAAUAAAAGCUUUCAUAAAUUAAACAAGACCGAAUUGAACGUGGUAUUAUCAACCAAAUUCAGGACCGGCCUUCUUGGAAGAAUUUCUUUGUACUAAAUAAAGCAAAUUAUUUUUAAUGUUUUACAGUCUUAAUGUCAUUCGGAUUUUUCCACUUUUCAGCAAUUUGACAUAUACGUAAGAUUGUUUUGAGGCUGAUAUUCUACUGCACUUGAUAAUAUGACUUACUUUCAACUGCGAUACUUGUGAUUUUUUAUGAACAGUUUGUACAGUAUACAGAUUAUAUAUAGCUACAGUAAUUUGUUCGACAGAUAUAUUUUUGAUCUCGUAAGAUCCCGGCUUUUCAGUAUUUUUAUAAUAAUUACAAUAACAAUAUGGUUACAGAUAUGAACUUUUUAUAAUAUUACCAUUUACAGAUUUAAAUAUAUUAUGACUAAUAACUUUACAGUUGGAACAGACUGAAAUUUGCGUUGUUUUCUGAAUAUAUAUAUAUAUAUAUAUAUAGAAGUAUUUUUUUCCCGGCAUUGAAACAGUUUUCAGUUGUGUUUAUUGAAUAUUUGGCAAAAUGAUUCGAGAAGAAGCGGAUUACCGGACUAAUCAGCCUUUUUAGAAAAACAAAUAGUUAAUGCUCCAAUUUACAAUUACUAUCUAUAAACCUCAUCUAAAAUAAGCGUAUUGAAUUAAAUUUCCUUCGCCAUAUCACGUGAAUAAUGACAAAUAUUAUAAAAGCGCUGCAAUCAAUCACAUUAAAUGUUAAUUUUUUCACUCACUGAAAAUAGAAUUAUUGUAUUCCAAAAUUGAAUAGAAAAGGAGGGCAAAAUGUGAGAAAAAUUUAAUAAUACAUGAAAUGAAGAAGAAAAGAAUCAUAUUUUUACCUUGAAUGAAACGAAUUUAUAACUGAUGUAUUAUGUACAAGAAAAUACCAUAUUUUCAACCCAACAAAGAUAAUUAACGACUCAUUGCAUCAUGAAAUAUGGAAACGAGAUCAAAACAUUUGCUCUGAUGUAAUUUGAUCAAUCUAUGCCAUCUUGUAAUGGAUUAGUAGAUGCACAACUACUUCAUCAAAGUAUUCAUAUCCAACAGUAACCAAUUCGAUAUUUGCAGGUUCUAUUUAAUUGUCCUUUAUUUCUAAUCGUCGUCAAAAGUCAAAAAGCCAUAUAAUUAACAACCAUAAUAUUUUCCACAAAAUAGCAAUAAAAAACUGAGGAGAUUCGACAUAUUCCUUUCAGAACGAGGUUAUCACUGCUGGUUUGAAGAUCUGCAAUGGCAGCAUGUCACUUUUCCAUGGUUUCAAUAACUAUUCAUACGCAUAUAUAAAAUGUUGAAUUGUGAAUUUAUACGUAAUAUAUAGAUCUUUUUAACUCGCUUAAUAAACUAAUUUGAUAUUUUUCAUGAAACCAAGGAACACUGGAAAGUGAAAGGCGACUCUAUCUAGUAAUCUAUCUAGUAAACGUUCCUUCACAUUUCAAAAAAUUAUGUUCUAAAUGUCACUUUUCUUAUUCUAAAUCUUCUAUGCUGUUUUUUAGAGUAAUUAAUGGGACUAUUGAAUCCCAUUUCAAUAAAUAUAAAAGAGUUUUGGUUACACUCAGUGUUUCCUCUUUCCAUUAUCGUCCAAAAUUUUUAUUUAAUUCGGCAGUUGUUUCCAUGCUUGCAGAUCCUGUGUGACCUUUUCGGCAUGAUGCAGUCACAUAUUUAUCAAGGAUUUUGUUUGGUCUACCCAGUCUAGUUGGAGAUCUACCUCUUGCCUUCUACUUUCCCUUCUAUGAUCAAUCGUUCCAUUGUUCCUGAUCCUCUAGCUGUAUGUCCCAGGUACUGCAGCUACAUGCAGUUUAUUCUGGUUAGCAGCCUUGUACGUGGACCAAUUUCUUGUAAUACGGAUACGUUGGUUCGGUAUCCUGUCCAUGAUACUCGUAAGAGGUUUUUAUCUGCGUUGUUUAAAGUCAACGUUUCAACUAGACGGACUUUCGUUGUUUUCGUAAUAGUUUUGUCUUUCUAUAUUUUAUUUAACUUGGUAGUCGAUGAUUUUGCCUUUCCCAGUGCUGCUUAUUAAGGAACCAAGAUAGUUGAAAUUGUUUACUACUUCGUAGCUGCAAUUUCUGAUGUUUGUGGAGAAUUGUUGUCUUGUCUAUCAACUAUCAUCAUUUUCGUUUUGGAUUUAUUUAUUUUUAAGCCAUACUUUUCGCUGAUAACAGGCAGUCUAGUCAUAAUUUCUGUUAUUGCUUGUAUGGUUGACGGCUAUGAUCAGUUUGCCAUUGGCGUAGUGCAGGUUCCUCCUUCCUCCAAUUGAUAUUCCGUCUUGUCCCUCAUCUAGAACCUCUCUCUUGACGUAUUCGCUAUAAACUUUGAAUAAUGUAGGUGAAAUCCUGUCUAACUCCUGCGGCCGUUUUGAAGGUCCCCGUCGGUUCUGACUUUCGCGUUAUUUUUCUGAUAGAGGAUGCGCACUAGUUGAACCAGGUGUUUUGACGUUCCCAUUUCUUCCAUUAUGGUCUAAAGAUAGCUCCAGUUAACUUUAUCAAACGCUUUUUGAUAAUCAACAAAACAGAAAUACAGUGGAAUAUUAACUUCUCUAGCCUUUUUAAUAAGUUCCCUGAUAUUUAAUAUUUGAUCCCUGGUACAAAACCUACUUGCUUCUCUGAAAGCUGUGGCAAAAGAUUUGGUUUGAGACGGUUAUGGAAGAUAUGCAGGAAGAUCUUACUAGUGAAAUGAGAGAAACCGUUCUGUAGCUGCUGCGCGAACCUUUUUUGAAUAUUGGAAUAAACAGCGACUCUCCCAAAUCUCAGACCACUGUGCUGUUUUCCAUAUAAAGCUACCGGUUUUGGGAAAUAUUUCUAUUCUCUCCUUGCCCAGAGCCUUUAAGACCUCUGCCGUUAUUUGGCAUCAUCCGUACCCGAUGAUUUUUUAUUUCUCAGAAGUUUUAAGGCAUUUUCAACUUCCGAUUUUAGUAUAUCAGACUCUUAACAGUUAUUUCUUCUUGGAGUUGUUCUAAAUUACCCUUGUAAAAUUUUCUAAAAUAUACUUUCCAAACAUCUGUAAUACCAUUGACAUCGUUUAUAAUUUCUCCCUCCUCAUUUUUUUAUUACUUGGGAGCGCAGUUUGAAUUCUUUGGAGAGAUAUCUUACUUUAUUAAACAAUUCUCGAGACACUCAGUACACAAUUAUCAUGAUUUCAUUCGUAUAAAAACUUAUUCAUUGCUCCUUGCAAGAAUGACCAUUUUUAUACAAAUUUAGAACUUAUUUCAUGGUACCAACAGCGAUUGAAAAUAUUUAAAGUUUUUAGAGAAAAUUCAAAAACACAAUACAAGUUUAUAAUAGUUGCAAAAAACAAAUUCGAUGUUCGAGAUUAAAAAUUUUUACCCAUAGAAAUUGAAGCAUUAACUAUUCAAUAAAAUAAUGUUUGUACAAAAUAUGUGUUGACUAUGUGUAUGUAUGGAAAAAACUUACUGAAUUAACUGUGAGAAAAAUAUAUAUUAAGUUCGGUGUAUGACAAAAAAAAUUAUUAAAUCCAUUAGGAAAUUGUAAAAAAAACUAAUAUUAGGCGAGAAACAUAUAGGUAUACGGUCAACAAUGUACAAAUAAUUCUAUAUGCGUUUAUUUUGACUGCAAGUUGUUCUACAAUCAUAACCGCUUCAAAAUGGACAAAGUAUUCAAAAGAAAAACGUUUGGAAACGCCCUGCAAACAAGUUUAAGUAUACGAGGUGUACUUCGUCUGCAUGAACACUUUGCUUAUAAGUUUUUUGAAGUGCGUUUACCUCGAAUAAUCUAUUUGGAUACUUUCCAUUUUUCUUAAAAUAAAAAUUAUGUGAUAUUAUACAUGUAUGGAAUGCACUUUGUUUCAUCAUAUAUGCAAUCUAUACACAUUAUUGCGUUCAAUGCAUUUUAUUGAUAAACAUUAUUAAUUCAAUAUAUCGUAUUUUCUAUUAAUAAUUUCAAAUUAUAUUGUGGUGAAAUUUUUAUUUCCUAUUUCUAAUCUGAAAGUGUAUUUUGGUUUUUCUCGGUGUAUAUUUUUACUUACUAAUUAUUUUUACUCAGAAAUAAGGAGGUAUUUUCAAUUAUUAAAUAAUCUUUCAAACGGAAUUUGACGUAAAAUAAUGAAAGCUCCCUACAAGAUCAAAAAAUUGCUCUAACUAAUCAUUUUCGUUUGGCUGCCAGUCCUGCAGAAUUAAAAGUAAGGUAAAUAAACGCAAGCAAUAAAAAAAUUUUGAAUUAAAAAUAUUUAUUACAUAAUGUGAGAAAGGUUUUACCAAAUUGCUCCAAAAGAUCAGCUGUUCUGGUUUGCUGUUGAACGAUGUAAAUCCCUAUAGAAAAAAGUUUUUGGUGCGAAAUUUGGGUGAAUCAUUUUGAUCAACAUAUAUUUGGUUUUAAUGAUGAAUAUUUGAAAGAACGCCGCAUUAAUUUGAUCUAACAAUUUCUAUGAUGUUUCUCAAUUAUAUACAAAAUUUCAAUUCCAUCGAUGAAAUAACUUUUCAUAUAGUGAAUAUGAAAAAAAAAGGCCUACUGUUAUCUCAAUAUAUUUUGACCAAAUCUUUCGGUGUCAAAAUCUAUAUAACAAAAAAACUACAGAACAUAUGCGGGUUUUAUCUUUUAAAAAUUACAUCGUCCGAAUGUUAAAUGUUACGUCGAACACAUUCUUCGAACCUGGCUUCGGUAUUUCUUGCCACUAGCUGGAGAAGUGCCGUCGAGAUGCCAUUGACUUCGCGAACAAUAUUUUACACUUUACUUUUGAGAUGCACUCACAGAAAAAAGUCCAUGGGGGUUAAAUCGAGGGACUUGGAUGGCCAAGGGAUAUCACAGAAACGGCUUAUCAAUUUGCUAGGGCGUAGGCGUGGCGCCAUCUUGCUGAAACAUGUCUCUGAAGUGAAGGCAGAAUGUUCUCCCAAUGUUGGAAAUAAAUAAUCGUCAAGCAUUUACUUAUAAGCAACACCAUCUACAGAGAUUUCUUGCCCUUGACGAUUUACAAAAAAUUUUUUCCAGUUAUUCCCCUGCUUGACAACGCACAUCAAACCGUCAUUUUGGUACUGUGGAUGUUUUAAGCGGGGGGGGACCAAUAACGACUUAUUCAUACUUCUAUUCAAAUGAAAAUGGGCUUAAUUAUUCCAAAAGAUAGUGUUCACUGUGCGAAAUCGCUCCAACAUUGUCAAGCGUUUGCACAAUUUGAAUUUUACAUGGAUUAAAUUUAAGAUCCUUCUUCAAUAUUUCGUGCACUAUAGUUUUUAGAAGCUUCAAGGUAGCGAACGGACUGACGCGGAUUAUCGCGCAAACUUGCCGAAUGUUUUCAUUCGUUCUCGACGCCUUGCUGGGUUCUGGUCGUGGGUUUGUUUCUACUGAACUUGUUGCUCGGAACCUUCGCACCCAUGGGGCAUCACAUAACCGUCGAAUAUUGUAACGUGGACAAAAUCUUCUGCCCCGUUCCCGUUAAUGUUUACGGAGAAAAUCGAAAAUCAAAUCUUAAUUCUGCCACCGGACAACCCUUAUUUUCAUUAUAUUUUGAAAACACAACAAAAAGCUUCAAAUAAAAAUUGAUAUUUUAUCUCAACCGCAUGAAAUUGAACAAACAAUAUAUAUAGAGUGCCCAAAAACAUAGAUUUUCAAUAGAUUGGAAGAUUGGGUUAUCAUUUCCACAAUAUACCCAACAAACUUAAUUCUUAAUAUUUUAAAUCUUAUAUUUUUGUACUUUUGAGCAUUUACUUAGCCAUUGCAAGCAAGUAACAUUACUCGCAUCCGGUUAAUAAAAGUUAAAGUACAGGGUGGAUCUCAAGGAGACUUGAUGCGUAAGUAAAAAUUGAAUUUGGUCAUUGAAAAUACACAGAGUGAUCAACUUAAAUAAUAAACGUAAUUGGAAAUAUCUUCUUUAAUUUCAAAAUAAAGAAUACUAAAAAUUAUUACUCAUAACAUUUUCAGGUUUGAUUUGAUUAUAUGAUAUAAUGAAUAAUCACGCUGAUUAAAAUAUAGAGUACACUAAAUAGUUUUCCAUACAUUAAAUAUAUUCAAACUUGUUCAAAUAUGCUUUUAAAUAGUAUCUGUACGAUCUAUAGCAAAUAAGCACAUUUUCAUAGAUUUCGAAAUCUAUGCAGGGUAUAAAUGAGUUCAAAACUUGCAGUUUCAAACAAUUUAUUCAAUAAAAAUUCAAUUUACAAAAAUAAGGACACAUCACUAGAAUAAUAAUUGUUUAUUUCGUAAUUUGAAACAACAUGUUAUCAAAAAUAAAAAUAAUAUGGUGAGCAAUAAGUAUACUACUGUACUAUACUUUUCUUCGUACGUUCAAAUUUGGAACAGUCUUUGUAAGUUGAAAUGUUUUUUUCAUAUUUCGUGCUCAUGGUUUAUCUUAGUAAGUGGAAUAAAUUUGAACACAAGGUAUAUUUUCUCAUCUCUUAUUUAUUUAGACUGAACAAUACCUAUUUUAUAUUCAAAUUUCACUAUUCACUACUUUACGUUUACCGCUCGCAAUUCGAUUUGUCGUUCCUAUUUCUACGUCUUAAUCUGUUCCUAUUUGCACAACUUUGAAAUCCUCAGAGAAGAACAGUUCUUGACAAUCUUAUGUCGUUAAUCCAUGUCAUAUUUCUCUGCUUGAUGCCCAUCAUAACAAUGUCCACGAAAUGUUUUUGAUAUUUCUAACAAUUUUCCGAUUUCAGACUACAGGUAAAUUUUCAAAUUCACUUCUGUCUCAAUAUCACCAUAUCCGGAUAGUUCUAUACCCAGAUAUUUGAAUUUCAUAACUUGCUGGAUUAUUUUGUCGUUUACGACCAUCUUGCAUCUCAGAGGUAUUUUUGAUGUUGUUAGGCUUUUUGUUUUGGAGGUAGAAACCAUCAUAUUUAGAGAUGUUGUUGUGCAAUUAAAGCGAUAUAGCAGCCUUCUGGAGGUCGUCUGCAACCAGCACAGCAUCGUCAGCAUAGCACAGGAUUGUAAUAUUGCAGUCACCCAUUUUGUAUCCGUUCAAUCUGCGUACUUACUUUAUUAUUUCAUCCAUAAUUAUAUUGAAAAGGAGUGGACUCAGUGAGUUACCGUGUCGUAUUCCUUUUUCCACAGGGAUUGGUUCGGUGAGCUCUCCGUCGAUCUUGGCCUGGAUUUUGUUCGCGCUGUAUAGAUUCUCUAUGACUUUGAUUAAGGUAAGGGUUACUUCUCUGUCGUAGAGUAAAUGUACAAUAUCCUCUAACUGAACCCGGUCAAAUGCUUUUUGCAGAUCUAUGAAACACAUGUAGGCUGGUUUGUUGUAUUCGAUCGACAUCUCUGCAAUCUGUCUUAUAACAAACACUGCACCAGUGCAUGAUCUUCCCGUUCUAAAUCCUUGUUGUGCAUCCGACAGGAAUAUGAUACUAUUUAUUUUGUUUGUUAUUAUUUUUGUUGUUAGUUUAAAUGUUGUACUCAGUAGGUUUAUGCCUCUGUAAUUCUCUGGCAUUUUUUUGUCUCCCUUUUUAAACAUAAGAGUGGUGGUGCUUGUUCGCCAUUCAUCAGGUAUUCUGUGGUAUAUAAAGAUAUUUCUAAUCAGUUUGGUUAGUUGUUGACCACCGUGCUUAAGCAGUUCAUUGGGAAUUUUGUCGGGUCCAGGGCUUUUUCUGUUUUUUUGUAAUUGUCGGAUCGCCGAUUCUAUGUCUCUGCUCUCUAUUUGUAUAUCCUCAUUUGUGGUUAUAUCUGGAGUCUUGUGUUCGAUAUCAUCUUCCUCUUUACUAUAUAGUUUUGUGAGAUAUUCGACCCAAGUUUCCUUUGUUAUAUGUUUAGGUACAAUUAGUUCGUUGGUUUCUUUUCUCUGAUUUCUGAUAAAUCGCCAGAUUUGCUUUUGGAGGCCAUAGAAGUGGCUCUCAAUUCUUUUUAAGAAAGCUUCCCAGUGAUUCGUUUAGAGGGAAUGUACAUUUUAAAUCUACACCUACCCCUUAAUCCCAUCAACAACUCAUCCACGCAAGAUAUGACAUACUACAAACUAGAAAGCUACUGAGAGCGACAAUUGCCCAAAAAAAAACUGUGGUGGGAUCAGAAUGUCUUAGACAAAGUCAGUCAGACUGUCUGUUAGUAGUUAAUAAUGAAAUAUUACGUUUGAAGUACGAAAUACGGUGAGAAAUGUGCCACAUAAUU